AUGGAUUACCCAAUCAAAUCCUUAUACCAUUCAGUUGAAUUAAAGGGUUGUUGUGAUGGUUUAGUUUGCCUAUGGUUGGGUUGCCAUGAAUUUAAUUAUAAGAGUUCUUUUUGUCUUUGGAACCCAACUACCAAAGAGUACAAUGAAUUACCUCAAUCACCAAAUGCAAACCCUUAUCAUAAUUAUUUCAGCAUGAUUGGUUUGGGUUAUGAUUCUAAGAGUGAGGAUUACAAUCUUGUAACGGGGAAUAAUAGGGCAGCCGAAGUCUAUUCGUUAAAAUUUAAUUCGUGGAGAAGUAUUGAGAAUGCGCCUUAUGUUUCCCAGAGUCGAGUAGUCGGAAUACUUGUUAAUGGAGAUAUUCAUUGGUUAGCUCAACCGCAGGAUUAUUCCCAAGUUUUAGUUUCUUUAGGUAUUGGUGACCAGAUUUUCAAAGAAAUUCAACUACCAAAUGAAUAUUCGGAUUAUGGAGUUAGAGAAUCUUGGAUUGAACGCUAUAUAAUUAACGAUGAGAGAAUUAUGUUAUCUCAUCUAAUGUGGUCUUUUAAGAGCGGUGAGUUAUUAUUUGGAACUUAUUCUUCCGAUGAAAUAGCUAUAAUAUACGAUCCUAUAAAUGAAAGUGUUAAGGAACUAAACAUGCCUAGUUUAGUGCAAUUUGACCAAGAAGGGCGUUAUUACGAAAUCUUAGUUUCACUUGGGUCUGGUACUUAUGUUGGGGGAGAAGAGGAAGGUAAGAGCGUGAAAGAAAAAGAAAAAGAAUAA